AUGAAGUCUUCGGCUGCGAUUCUUUUUGCCCUUGCGGGGUUUGCCAAUUCCCUGGGCAUCAACUGCCGCGGCUCCGGGCUCUGUCCGUCAGACGGCGCGGCCGGAAACUUGAUCAACCUCAAGGCCAUUGUCGACGGCAUCCAGCCUCGCGACCGCAACUACAACACGGGCCAGCAGAUUGCCUGCACCGGCUCCCUCUGCGCGUUCUACCAGAACGGCGCUACCGGGACCGCUGAGCAGGCCUCAGGCUUCAUGCAAGCGCUGCUUGACCACGGGUGCAAGAAGUGCGGUAGUACACCGACCCAGCCUGGUAAUGAUGUGAAGAACGGCGAGCUCACGGUCAAUGUCGUUGGUGAUCCUCAUUGUCAAGGCGCGUGUUAG